AUGAGGGAGACAUGUGCGUUGUUGGCUUUGACAUAUCUAGCCAGCAACUUUCACACAUCAAAGGCUCGAAUUUACAAUGAUUCGUUCUUUGAAGGGAUUUUUGAAGCUGCGACAAACAGGUCGAGUUUUUACACUCUGGACGACAACACUUUGGCAGACUGGCAGUUUCUGAUAGGAAAAAAGAAAUACGGGGCAGAAUCUCAGAAUCCGACUGUUAAAGCUUUACUGAUAAUUGCUUAUUCCUUCAUUAUCAUCAUUUCCCUUUUUGGAAAUAUUCUUGUUUGUCACGUUGUGAUAAAGAAUAAAAGGAUGCACUCAGCCACAAGUUUGUUCAUCGUCAACCUGGCGAUUGCUGACAUCCUCAUCACUCUUCUCAACACUCCAUUCACCUUGGUUCGUUUUGUAAACAGUACCUGGGUUUUCGGAAAAGGCAUGUGCCACAUCAGUAGAUUUGUGCAGUAUUGCUCUUUGCACGUGUCUACCCUCACACUAACUGCGAUAGCGCUGGAUAGGCGACAGGUUAUUUUACAUCCCUUAAAGCCAAGAAUGUCCACAGAGCGAGGGGUUGUGUGCAUCACGGUAAUUUGGUUGAUGGCCACCUGUUUUUCCCUUCCCCAUGCGAUCUACCAAAAGCUAUUCACGUUUGUGUACAGCAAGGAAAUGCUGCGCAGUCUCUGUGUCCCAGAUUUCCCAGAGCCUUUCUACCUCUACUGGAAGUACAUUGACCUGGUGACCUUCAUCCUGCUGUACAUGCUGCCGCUCCUCAUCAUCACAGUGGCUUACACCACAGUUGCCAAGCGGCUAUGGCGGCGAAACGCCAUCGGCGACAUCACCACCGAGCAGUACUUCGCCCACCGCAAGAAGAAGAAGAAGACCAUCAAGAUGCUGAUGGCGGUGGUUGCCGUGUUUGCCGUCUGCUGGUUCCCGCUCAACUGCUACGUGGUGCUCCUUUCCAGCCAGGCCAUCCGGAGCAGUAACGCCCUCUACUUCUCCUUUCACUGGUUCGCCAUGAGCAGCACCUGCUACAACCCCUUCAUCUACUGCUGGCUCAAUGACAACUUUCGCUCUGAGCUGAAGUACCUGGCGGGCAUGUGUCGGAAGCGUCCAGGCAGGGCGUCCUCCCGGCCUCAGCCCUCCACUACGCGCAGCCACCGUGCUGCCUGGCCCGAGUGCCACACCUCUUCUAACCCCCGGGCAAAAGAGAGCCACAGCCUCCGUUCCACCUCCCAUACUCAGUCGGGCAAGACAGACAUCCUCUCUGUGGAACCCAUCGUGGCUGUCAGCUAG